CGCUCAAUACAAAGCAGAUUUUCGCCGUUAGCCCACCUGUCGGACAACCGCUUCUCAGUCCAGUUACGGUUCUUGCCGUUGAUCGCAGCCGACCCAAUUUUUACUCCAAUGGCGAUGCCGAAGCAUGUUCUUCUCUCCAAGUUAGGAUGGACUGACAAGGGACCGGUGCUGAAGCUCCGUCUUCUCCACACAUGGAAAGCUGGAAACCCUAGCCGGCCAGACGGUUUCUACGAACACUCAACGCUGUGGACGGACGAAUUGGGAGUCCUCAUCCAGGCCGCAGCUCCGAAACACCUCUCGGACCAGCUCAACGAGGCUCUCACGGUGGGAAGAAUCUACUUCGUCUCCCUCUUUACCCAGCGGGAAGCCAAACCCCGCUGGUCCUCCUGCUCUAAUGACCGCAUCCUUGGUUUCACGUCCAAGACUGCAUUCGUCUGCUCCACCGAGGAUGAUUCCAAUUUCUGUUUAGACAGCUUCGAGUUCCGUGAAUUUGAAGCCCUUGACGGCGUGGCCGGCCAGUCAGCCCUUUUAGUAGAUAUUGUGGGGCGAUUGGUCUCAGCGACGGGUAUCACCUACUUCCAGAAACAACAUCGAUCUAUCCGAAAACGUACAGUUGUCAUCCAGAACGAGCGGGAUAUGUCCAUCUCGGUCACACUGUGGGGAGAACUUGCUGACAGGCUCGCUCUUCAGGAGCUAAUUCAGAUGGAUGGUGCUGCUGCGGUUAUUAUUGCGUUCACCAGUCUCAACCUCUCAGUUUGGCGAGGAACACUUGGAGCGUCCAGCACCUCCGCAACUCGCAUCGUUGUUAAGCCCCCUGUCCCACAUACCAACUCCCUCGCACUCCACUUUGCUGGAGCUGUUGGUGCACUUGGCGUCCUGCCAACUGAAUGUGAUACCCCGGAAAAGGCUAAGACACUGUAUCGCGACUCCUUUCGAACCAUUUCUGAGCUCCAGACUGUUCAGUCCGUUUCCACUAUGGGAGGGAAAUUCCGAUGCAAGGCAACAAUCACGGAUAUAGACAUGUCGAGGGACUGGUGCUACCUUGGCUGUGCUGUUUGUCACAAGGCCGCUGUACGACACGAUGCCCCUUUUUGGUGCGACAAGUGUAGCGCAACAGUUAAUCCACAUGAAUUGAAGCACUGCUACCGCAUCCGUGUAAUGGUGCAGGAUGUUUCUGCUUGUGCGCCUUUUGUACUCCUUGGGAAGACAGCAGAAGACCUUCUGGGAGUCUCAGCUGGUGCUUUGUUGGCUGCUGCUCCUGACCGAGGCGGCGGUUGUCCUCCAGAAAUUGACUGCUUACUUGGCAAGGAAUACAUCUUCCUCAUUAACCUGCCUAUUGGCCAAGCUGCUGACUCUCUUGCCGAUUUCUGUGUGUCUGGUGUUGAAAAGGAAGACCAUAACGCCGCCAUGGACAAGAAACCUCAUGGACCGCGCUUUGCUAAACAGCUCGGCCAGGCUGUUUCCACGGUGCCGCAGCUUCUAAUUGGGCACAAUCACCAACCGCCAACAACUAGCUCUUCUAUUGUGCCUUACUCAUCGUCUACCAAGCGCCUUCGCGAGGUUGAGUCAAGCGCUACCGGGCCGGUAGAUCCUCUUGCUCAAGGAGGACAGCAGUUCGUGGCACCGCGUCCGACUCACACCUUGGACAUGAGCAAGUUCACCGGACCAGCGGCACCUGCAGCCUUCAACGCAGUUCUGUCAGCUGCAGCCGCACCAUCAACGCCUGCUAAGGGGUCGCCAGGUGCUGCCAGUUCCGCCCAAUUGCAAUCUGCCCAUGAUCCUAACUCACCAGGCAUAAAUUCACCUCUCGCUGCCAUCACAAUUACCACCCCGAAAUGCUAUCAGAAGAAAAAAGGGAAGGGAACUCAGUCUAUGGACUUGCUUCUGAACCAUCACACCCUUCCACAAGACAACAUUUCUGCUUCUCCUGGAAUAGAGGUCACUCAUGUCAAGAGCACUACACUCACAGUAGCAUCUCUGCCGAAGGAUGUCCCGCCUUCUAUGCUGCCCAUCAACCCCCUCGGACAGCCUCUUGCAAAGGUCAAGCUGGAAAAACUGGAAGUCUCGCGCCAGAAGAAGAAAAAAUCAGACGCUUCUGACGACCUUCCCCUUUCCCACCUCAAAGCUAAGGGUUCAAAGGGUAGAACUGUUGCGAAGAAACUCUUCUAAGCAGCAAAUGGUCUUACUGUUGCGCUACUGAACUAUGGCCUGCGUCUUUUGUCAACUAGCCGACUUAAUGAUUUGCUGCUCUUAGUUGUGCGUGGCCAUCUUUUGUAGUUCAGUUCCUUCGGAAUAUCGCUUAUUAGGCUUCAUGUUGUAAUUACGUUCUCUUAUCAACUCUGUAAUGAACAUGGAGAUUCAACCUAUGCAUUUCUCUUUAAAAACUACCCCUACCUUCUUCUUUGCA